AUUUUUGGGUAAAGCUAAAAGAUUUCUAGAGGAGUGAGAAAUGAGAAGGCGAUAGCAUUUCAUCAAAGAAUAGAAGAUUGGGGUGUUUUGUCAGGUAGUGGUAUCACCACUCGCUAACGAUGGGGUGUUGUUUUGGUUGUCUCGCACUCGAUUAGGAAGGGAAAACCCUCCUCCACCCACUAUUUACCACCAACCUCUUUUUCUUUUCUUAAAAUUUUAUUAACAUAUCUGUCUCUGUAUCUCAUACUUACACUCACAUAUAUAAAAAUCCCAUCUUUUUUAAAUCUGUUUUUCUGAGUUUGGAGAUGCUCAUUUGGGCUCUCAGAUUUGCCUGUAUUUGAAGAACAACAGAUACCAGAGAAGACAACCCAAGUCUCAGUAUAUAUUUCUGCUAAGAUGAGAGGAGCGGGUUUGUGGCAACUUGGCCAGUCAAUCACCCGACGCGUUGCUCAGGGUGAUAAGAAGGCUGUAGCUCGCCGAUACUUUGCCUCGGAAGCUGAGCUCAAAAGGACAGUUCUCUAUGACUUCCAUGUUGCUAAUGGCGGAAAGAUGGUGCCAUUCGCUGGAUGGGGCAUGCCUAUUCAGUAUAAGGACUCAAUCAUGGACUCCACUCUAAACUGUAGGCAGAAUGGUAGCCUGUUUGAUGUCUCCCAUAUGUGUGGGCUGAGCCUAAAGGGGAAGGACUCCAUUCCAUUCCUUGAAAAGCUUGUCAUUGCUGAUGUUGCUGGACUUGCCCCUGGAACAGGGACCCUCACUGUCUUUACAAAUGAGAAGGGAGGGUCAAUUGAUGACUCUGUGAUUACCAAGGUUACUGACGACCACAUAUACCUGGUGGUGAAUGCUGGAUGUAGGGAUAAAGAUCUUGCUCACAUUGAAGAGCAUAUGAAGGCAUUCAAGGCUAAAGGGGGAGAUGUCUCAUGGCACAUCCAUGAUGAGAGAUCUCUUCUAGCUCUCCAGGGACCUCUUGCGGCUCCAACUCUCCAACACUUGACGAAAGAGGAUUUGAGCAAGUUGUAUUUUGGAGAGUUCCGAAUUUUGGAUAUCAAUGGGGCGCACUGCUUUCUCACAAGGACUGGGUACACUGGUGAAGAUGGAUUUGAAAUUUCAGUUCCUUCUGAACAUGCAGUGGAUCUUGCCAAAGCAAUCUUGGAAAAAUCUGAGGGGAAGGUGAGGCUGACAGGAUUGGGUGCUCGUGAUAGUCUCCGGCUAGAAGCUGGGUUGUGUUUGUAUGGCAAUGAUAUGGAGCAACACGUAACACCUGUGGAGGCUGGACUCACAUGGGCUAUAGGGAAGAGGAGAAGAGCAGAAGGUGGCUUUCUUGGUGCUCAGGUAAUACUCAAACAACUUGAGGAAGGUCCUUCAAUCCGGCGUGCUGGUUUCAUCUCUUCAGGCCCACCUGCUAGAAGCCACAGCGAGAUUCAAAAUGAAAAAGGUGAAACCAUUGGGGAAGUCACAAGUGGAGGAUUUAGCCCCUGCCUGAAGAAAAAUAUAGCCAUGGGGUACGUGAAAUCUGGAUCACACAAGGCUGGCACCAAAGUUAAGAUUAUUGUCCGAGGAAAGGCCUACGAUGGAACGGUCACAAAAAUGCCUUUCGUACCUACAAAAUACUACAAGCCAUCAUAAUCCUAGUGCGGUAUUUCAUCACUGGGAUUUUCUAAUGUUUCCCCUUUGAUUUCUUGAUAAAACUUGACUGUUUCUGUCAAUGCUAAUUUCCUUUCUCAACUUGCUCUGAAUCUGGAAUGGAAUGGGAUUUAUCUUUUGUCUUGUGUUGUUUA